AUCUCUCCCUCCACCGCCUAUUUUUUUUUCCAUCCAAGCUACCCCGAGCACUUGAUUGAUUUGCCACGUCAGCGUUUGGAUAUUAUCCGAACGGAUUGCUUCCACCCCAGUACGUUUUUCUUAAAUCCUUGCCACCGCAGAAGGCGGCCAGUUACCCUGCCUGUGCGCCGCCAAGGUUAGAUGGCGGACGGCAGCCAAUCGAUAGGCAGCGGCGGCGGCGCGUACCAACCCGAAGACGAUGCGGAGGCAUCGGGCGGUUUUGAGAAAUUUCAAGAGCAGGGUGGUGGCGGGGAGCAUGUGGCUGGUAGAGCCGGCGGCGGCGGGUUAUCUCUCCUGGACAGUACCUCCCACCAUCGCGCUAACGCCGGUAGGCUGGAGUUAGGCUUAGGAAUUAUCAACGUCCCCGUACACGCCGGCGGCGGGCACGGCGUGAGUCACGGCGUGAGUCACGGCGUGCGUCACGGCGGUGGUCAGGGUUGGGGCAGGGGCGCGGGCGUGACUGCGCACUUUGAAACCGUCAAUCCCCGGGCCGGCAACGCGGGUGCUGCUGACGCGCGCAUGACGUGGCACGCGUCAGCACCGAAAGCAUGGUCGGAUGAAGGGGCGGCGCGGGGCAAGAUCGGGUCGCAGGCGCACGUGGAGUCCACGUUUCAGAAGCACAGCGCGCCGGCGGCUUUUGGCGGGAAAGGCGUGCAGCAUAUCUCGUCGAACGCAAGCACGGACGUGCCGACGAGCAAGCACCUCAGCUGCGGAAGGUUCGACGGCGCCGCGGAUGGCGGAGACGCGGGGAACCGGGGCCCGGGGGGACUGGGGGGACAGGGUGGACCGGGGGGGUUCCGCGGAACGGCGCAGCCGCACGUGUGGAUGUGGGGGAAAGCGGAGUUUGCGCACGAGCAGGCGAUGGCGGGGCAGGGAGGCGGGGUCGCGGAACGACACGGGGGCAGGCAGGGGGAGAGGCAUGCGGAACGGUUUUCCAGCUGGGACGGUGGAAAGGGCCUGGGAUUAGGGUUUCGCGGGGAGAAAAUGGGCGCGCGCGCAGGCGCGCUGGAGGUGGCGGAAGCGCAGCUGAGGGACGAUGGCGCGGGGGAAUCGGGGGACUCUGACGAUAUGCUCGCGCAGCCGGAGAGGGGAAGCGCAGUGCAGCAGCAGAAGCAGCAACAAUCCCAGCAGCGGCGGCAGCAGCAGGUGGCGGAGCAGCAGGCGGGGGGGAAGGGGGCGAUGAGCGGAUCGGAGGAGACAGCGUCGCGGAAGGCAAGCGGGCAGAGGGUGCUGAGGAGCAGCGGAGGAAGCGCGGGGAGCGGAGAGUCUCGCGGGUACGAGGGCAGUCGGAUGCAGGAGCAGCAGCACUCGCAGGGCGCGCAUCUGGCGGCGGGUGGCAAGCUAGCGCCUCCCCCGGCUGCCCCUGAGCCAGUCCCCGCCUGGUGGCUCCACCAGGGUCAGGGCGCCUCCGCCCUCCCCCACUACUCCCCAUUCCCCGCCAACGCCCCCGCCCUUCCCCCCUACGCCUCUGCGAUCCCCCCCUCCGCCUCUACUGUCCCCCAGUCCGCCCCCGCGCCCUGGGCCUCCCCUGCGCCCGCCCAAGCACACGCUCGAGAGAACAAUGAGACGUUUCUCAAGGGGCCUGGAGGCUUCAUUGCUGCUGCUGGUGAUGUUGGUGCAGGGGGGCAAGAUGAUAGACCUGCGGCCGUCACGGGGGGGCAAGCGGGAGGGAAAGGAGUGGUGGUGGCAGUGGCAACGGCAGGAGGCGGGGAGAGGGAGGGGCGGGGGAUGAGCGCACCUGGGAGGGAUAUGCUGGGGGAGAGGGGAGAGAGGGGAGAUAGAAUGAGUGGGGUGAAAGGGAUGGGUGGCAACAGUGAGGGUAUGCCGAAGGAGCAAGGGUCGUAUGGUGAUCACAUCAUGCGCCGACAACCUGAGAGGAAGGUCUCCAUGUUUCACCUAGGCCAGCCGCCCCCGCAGUACCACGAUCUGUGCCCGCCCCCAGGUGCGCGCAUCCUCUGGCGCUCGCCAGACGCCGCCCCGCAUGCAUUCGACGCGCCCCAGAAACGCAUCUCAGAUGCGCCCCCCUCCUCGGCCCCCGCCGCUCGUGCUGCCCUAGACCAGAGAUUCCCUGACUUACCACCCCCCUCUUCCGCCUCCACCUCUCGUGCUGGCGUUGACCAGAGGUUGCCGGACGGCUGGCUGGUGCAUGCUGGGGGGGGAGAGAGGAGGGGCGAGCGGAGGGGGAGGAGGAGGGGGAGGGGGAGGAGGGGGGGGGGGGGAGGAGGAGGAGGAGGAGGAGGAGGAGGAGGAGGAGGAGGGGGAGGAGGAGAUGGAGGAGUUGGAGUGGGAGGGGAAGGAAACGGAGGAGCGGGGCUAGCAGCAGCAGCAGCAGCAGCAGCAGCAGCAGCAGCGGCAGUAUCGGCAUCUGGUUUGGAGGUGGAGGCUUUGCUGCUGGUGAACCGGCAGCUGAACUGGCAAGUGGAAGAGCUCAGAGAGGAGGGCCGGCGCGCAAGGGAAGAGGCAGACACACUGCGAGCCCAGGCGAGUGCAGCAGAGAGCGGAGGGGAACGAGGAGGGGAGAAGGGAGGGGAGAGAGCGAGAGAGGAGAAGCGGGAAGGACAGCAGAGCCGGUGGCUGCAGCCAGCGAUCCAGCGCAUGGAGAACCAGAUCGUGGUGCUGACGGGGAGGGUGCUGCAGGUGCAGCACGAGAGGGACGGGCUGCAGCGGCAGCUGCGAGUGGUUCGGGACCGAGUGGCCGGGCUGGAGAGGGAGAAAGAGGAGCUCGUGCUGCAGCUGGGGCAGCAGAGCGGGCACGUGGGGCAGCAGAGCGGGCAGGUGGGGUUGCGGCAGGUGCGGCGGCAGGAGGGCCAUGGGGGGCAGGAGGGAAUGAGGGAGCAGGCGGGGCAGCAGGCAGCACAGGGGGAAGAGGAGGGGCGGGUGCAAGGCGCUGGGAGGGAGCUGCGAGAGGUGGUGGCGGGUGUGGGGGUUGGGUUGGAUGGAGUGAGAAGGGGCGGAUGCAAAGACGAGGAGAUGGAGGAGAGAGUGGGGGCAGAGAGAGGGGAGGGGAGAGAGGGGAGAGAGGGGAGAGAGGGGGGAGAGGGGGGAGAGGGGGGAGAGGGGGGAGAGGGGGGAGAGAGGGGAGAGGGGGGAGAGGGGGGAUUGGAGAUGCGAGGGAUGGAAGGGGGGACAAGGGGCAUGAACCCGUCGGACGCUGACUGUGUGGGCGGAAAAGUGGUUGGUGGGAAGGGUUUGACUGGUGAAGGUCGUAGCACGGGCAUGGAAAUGAACAGAGCAAUACCGGCUUCAGAGAUAGCAGCGCACAGGGUGGCUUCGACUUCUGCUGUGGUGCAUGGGAUGGCAGGGCGUGAGGAGUCUAUUUUUGAGGCGCCUCAAAAAAGGAUGGCAGGGCGUGGGGCACUAGAGAGUGGACUGCCUGGAGUGCGGUCCGCACGUGGGGAGUUUGGUGAUCCCCCCGCUAUCCCUCCCCGACACGCCCAUACCGACACCCAUACCCAUGCCAACACCCAUGCCAGUGCGCAUGGCCCCCCGGCCUGCAUGCCUACUCCGUGCCUGGCACUCGCACCCCAGCAGCGCGACGGCAUGGCUGGCAGCAUGUGGCACUCCAUGCAGCAGCACAUGCACCAGGCGCUCUCGUACAUGCAAGCGCUUGCGCCGCUGCUAGAGGGGCAGAGACAUAUCCACGUGCAGGGGAGGGGAGCAGGUGAGGGGGAGGGAGAGGGAGAGGGGGAGGGGGAGGAAGAGGAGGAGAGACAGGCAGAGCAUGAGGGAGAGAGAGAGGGGAGCAGAGAAGGGGUUGAGCACGGGGGUGUCCUAGGAAGGGUGGGUGCAACGGCCAGUGGAUUGAAAGUGGAGCCUAAAGGGGAGGUGCAGAGCGGCCCUAUGCCCCGGGUGGUUGCGCCAUCAGGAGACGGUGAUGGCCGCUCACUCGCACACAAGCCCGCUGCUGUCCUCACGCCCCAUUCUGCACUCUCUGUGCCAGCACAAGUUUCCUCUGCUGCUGCUGCUGCUGCUGCUGCUGCCCCUGUCCCUGCUGCUGCUGCCGCCAUUGCUGCUGCUGGUGUGGGAGGAGCAGGCGCAUCCGUUGCCGGUGCAGGGGGGGGGAUAGGAGCGGAGGCAGUGAAUGCGGUGCGGGAAGUGGCGGAGGAAGCAGUGGCGGUUCAAGGCAUGGUGGAGCAGGCCUUUUCCAAGGCCCAGGCGCUCUCACAGCUGCACAGCGCAUGGCUGCUGCAGCCGUCACAGCAACCGCAGAAGCAGCCGCAGGAGAAGGAGCAGCAGCAGGAGCAGCAGCAGCAGGAGCAGCAGGAGGGGGAGGAGGAGCAGCAGGAGGAGCGACAAGGGCCAGCAGGGAAGGUUCAGCUUGGUAAUAGUGUCUCUGGAGCAGCUGCUGGUCGCAAUGGGGCAGCAAUGGAAGGAGCAGGGCCAACAGCAGAAACAACUAAGGCACCGGCAGGCAAACCAGCAGUAAUAGCGACAACAGAAGGAGCAGUGGCAGCAGCAUCAGUGCGAGAAGAAAUAUGUGCAGGGGGCAGCGUGGGGGAUUGGGGGGUGCCGGGAGGGAAAGACAAGCAGCAGCCAGCAGCACUCAAAGCCGAGGCUCCAGGUGGUCACGGGAACGGGGUGGGGGAUGGUGAUGUGGGGGAUGUGCACAUGGAGUUGUUGGCUCUGGCACAUGAUCUUGCCAUGGCCUGUGCGUUGCUGGGCAGCCUGCAGACCAAGGCGCUUGCAGCACAGGAAUGGGUCAGUAGGAGUGUGAGCGAGGGGGGCACAGCAGCAGCAGGAGGAGGACGAGGAGGAGGAGGAGUGGGUAUGAGGGGGAGAGAGAGCAGGAGUGUGGUGGAAGGUGAGAGUGGUCCGUGGAGGAAGGGAGGAGGGCAGGAGGGAGGGGAGAGGAGGGCGGCAGGGGGGAUUUUGCAAGGGAGGAGUGGCUAUGGCAGCAGCAGGGCUGAUGGGACGCGACAGGGCAGAGGUGAGUGCCUCUCCCACCCUGCGGUCUGCACAUUGCCUAGGCGGCCUGGCCGCCUGGCUGCUGUCUUUCUCUCUCAUGGUCAUGUUUGCCUUCCCGUCUCCCGUCACCUCCCUCUCCUUCCCCCCCCUUUCCCCCCUCCUUUCGCUCUCUCCCGUCCCCGUGUCCCCCCUCUUUCCCCCCGCUCACCCAUCCCGUGCUGUCAGACGAGGAGCGGUGGUGGGAGGGGCAGUGGUGGGCAGGCACGGGGGCGAAAGACACGGCAUCGCGCAAGCGCAAGGCGGGAGAGGAGGAGCUGUUGCUGCUGUUCAAUGGAGAGGGCCUCCUGCAAUGGGGAGGGGCAGCAGGGGGGGGUGCUGCAGGUGCUGGGGGAGGAGAGGGGGGGGGUGGGAUGCGAGGCAGCGGCAGAGGGUGGAAGGAGCAGGGGAUGUGGAGGGUGGUGUGGGGCCGAGCCGGGCGGGUGUGAGAGGGGAGGAGGAGAUGGGGUUGUGGCAGGAACUGUCUCGAAUGGAGCAGAUUCUAAACGUAGGGGAAGCUGGGGGAAGGGGUGGGUUGGUAAGCAGGGUCGACAAGGGGGAGCAAGGAGGAGGAGAGGGUGGUGGUGGUGGUGGUGGUGGUGGUGGUGGUGGUGGUGGUGCUGCUGCUGCUGCUGCUGCUGCUGCUGCUGCUGCUGCUGCUGCUGCUGCUGCUGCUGGUGUUGGUGCUGGUGGUGGUGUGGGUGGUGGUGGGGCUGGCAGCACAGGAGUUGGGAGGGACACAGCAAGUGUAGUGGAAGUGACGGAGGGCCUUCGGAGGCUGGUGGGGAGAGUUGAGGCAGUGGUGUUGAGGAAUGCUGAGCUCAUGGCUGCCAUGGAUGCCAUGCCGGAGAAAGCUAACCAUGCCACUGCGUGAUGUCUAGUGGGCCUUGCAUUGGUGGGAAUGUGAACACUGUUUUCUUGGGGGCAAGGAUGGGAAAUGGGAAUUGACUAGCGUGACCAUUUUAUGAGUGAAGAAGCAAGUUGGACCAAGACACCCUCUUCGUGUUGGAUGUUCACCUACCCAAGGGUAGGAGAACUGAAACUUCAAUAUUUUUCAUUUUCACUCGUUAUU